GUGAAAAGACGAGGGCGAGACGUUUGAAGAAGGCGAGGCACACGUCUCGGCGUUUUCCUCCGUUCGGCAGCACAACCAGAACCGUCUCCGGUCUCUCCUUCCCGGCGAUGCCCAUGGCGACGACGAAGGGUGCUCGCGACGGAAGAGAGGGUUCGUAGGAUCAGCGAACUCCUCAGGCGAAAAGAGAGAAGAAAAUAGUACUAUCACUCAGCCUCGACGCGUCGAGGACCACCAUCUGUUAACCUGUUGGUGGGGUGGGUGGCUCUUUGCAGGAGACGUUGGAACUUGGAAGUCCACGGCACCGUCGACGGCGAGGCGAUCGGGCGGACGGAGGAGGAGGCGCGCCGCUGCGCCGGGCUCCGGCUUCAGAGCGUAUGACCCGCCGGAUCCGUUGUGUUGUCUGUCCGUGCCCGCCAGGUGUUCGAUACAAUGCCCCAGUGCGCUUUGCUUCCCUUCUGGUAAGAAAAAAAGUUUGCGACCUAAGACAAAUGGGUACGUCAUUUAUAAUGCUGUUUCAAAGGUUUAGGCAACUCAAAUCACCAAAUAGAUGAUUGGAUGUAGAGUGAAGAAGAAGAAUUGUUAUAAAGGGUGAUGCUUUUGGAAGCCAGUACAUACUUCUGAGUUAGUAUACCCGUUUUCUUCAGAAAUGAAAUUCCACUUCGUCAACGGUAAGCUCUUAUAUCUACUCAAUACUAGAAUGUACUAGUAUUUCGUUUUGGAUUUGGAUUCUAGUAAUUGGAUUACUCACAAGAAAUGAUGGGACACCAGAUAUAUACUACUACUAUAUGACUUUGAAGAAAAAAAAUGAUAAUUUGAUAUACUUUGUCCACCGGUUGACAUUGGCACACCUGGAACUUGGAAGUGGUUUGUGAUUUGACAAUCAAUAUCAGCAUCUCCAUUGCCAUCGGCUACAGUUGUAACUUGGAAGCGGUUUCUAGUUUGUCAAUGCAUAUCAGCAUCUCCAUCGCCAUCGGCUGCAGUUUUUCCUCCAUACUGUCGUCUGUAGCAUGCUGAAGAGCAUUAUUCUUUUGCACCCAGCCACCCACAGAGCUGUAGCUGAACAGAAAACCAGCACCCCACCUCGGCUUUACUUCUCUGCUCUGCUCAUCGGCUGUGUGAGGUGUUCUUAUCUUAUUGAAGUCUUCUGGGAAUUUAUGGUAUAAAAACAAUAUCUUUAGUACUUUGGUAGAGUAACAAGCUGAAACUGCUGUGGCCACAUCACAUUCUCUCACUGUCAGAGUCUAACCAUAUAAUUUCAGGCCAUCUGGUGCCGAAGCUGAACUCAGCUUGCAAACACCAGUACGCCACUAUUCCCUGAGCUCGACGUACGCCAGCUUGGUACGGAGUCGGCGAUGUGCUGGUUCAACCGCAAAGGCCCCUCCGGCUUCUCCGGCGCCUCCACCGCCGAGGAGGUCACCGCCGGCGUCGACGCUCGGGGCUUGGUCGCCGUCAUCACAGAAAAAUUCAGAGUGGGCUGAUGAGCUGCAGGUGCGUCGAGCGGCAUCGGGCUGGAGACGGCGCGCGUCAUGGCGCUGCGCGGCGUGCGCGUCGUCAUGGCCGUGCGCAACGUCGCCGCCGGGCACAGGGCCAGCGAGGCGAUCCGGGCUGAGAUCCCCGGCGCCGGUAUCCAUGUGCUGGAGAUGGACCUCAGCUCCAUGGAUUCGGUGAGGAGAUUUGCCACCGAGUUUGAGGCUCUGAACCUACCUCUCAACAUACUCAUUAAUAAUGCUGGAAUCAUGACAAGGAACUGCACACGCUCCAUUGACGGCCUGGAAUUGCAAUUUGCAACAAAUCACAUCGGCCACUUUCUUCUAACAAAUCUCUUGCUGGAGAACAUGAAGAGGACAAGUAGCAAAACUGGUGUUGAAGGAAGGAUCGUAAAUGUGUCGUCUUCAGCACAUUUUGUGACCUAUCCUAAAGGGAUAUGUUUCGAUAAGGUGAAGGAGCCUUCAAGAUUCAUCAGUCUUAUUGCUUAUGGCCAGUCUAAGCUUGCCAACAUUUUGCACUCAACUGAGCUGUCACGAGUUCUGAAGGAAGAUGGUGUGAACAUUUCGGCUAAUGCAGUCCAUCCUGGUGUUGUUACAACCAACCUGUUCAGGCACAGGACUAUUAUAAAUGCUCUAGUGAAGUCCAUUGGAAGAUUCGUACACAAAACUGUAGAACAGGGUGCUGCAACGACAUGUUAUGUGGCACUACAUUCUCAAUUCACCGGGAUAAGUGGGAAGUACUUCAGCAACUGCAAUUUAGAUACCCCAAGCUCACAGGCUUCAAAUGCAGAGUUGGCAAAUAAACUAUGGGAAUUUAGCUCCAAGAUUGUGUCCUCUUGAUGUGGCUAUCAAAUUAUAGUUUGUGUUAUGCAUCAUGUGCUACAGUCUAUUUUCUGCAAGUUUGAACAUAAAAUUUUCACAUAAACAAACAAAGAGAUCCGUGCAAUUCCUCCAAGACUAGUUAGAACAAUCUGAAUUGUAAUAUAUCCGCCUCAGUUUAGUUUAGAAGUUCUUCCUAUAAUCAUGGGCUGGCUCUGGCUAUGUAUUUCUUAAACUAAUGUUUGGACUUUGGAGGCCCACCUCACCUCUUUAUGUAAGCCUUACGCUUCAUGGACCAA